CAGGUUGUUAAGAGGUCAGAAUUGACUCUAGAUGUUGAUAUUCCAAGUCUUCACCAUGCAGCUGGAAUUAAAAGAUCAGUUAGAGAUAGAUUGGGCAGUGGAGAGGAUGCAGGUCAACUAUCUGGCAAAAGACAAAGGGCAGAUAAUGAUAGAUCAGUCAGAUUUCUUCUAAUGGUUUGUAUGAUAUUCACCUUGGGAAAAAAUGACCUUCGGUUCAAACUCAUGGAAAGAAGAAUGAGCUGAGACGAUUUCAAACCGAUGUUCAGCAUGAUGGUAUGGACCUUCGCGAGAAGUUGUCAAGGCCAAACAGUGCUUCAUUGAUUAGUCCAAGUUAUCAUGAAAGAACACCUAACGGAAGAGAUGCUAGGUAUGAAGAUGACAUCCCCCGGGAUUCACUAACUAGUUUCCAUGAAAAAACGCCUGAUAGAAGAGACACUAGGUAUAAAGUGCCUGGACACACACCAAGAUUCUUUUCGUAGUCCAAGUUUUCGCGAUAGCAUGCCUGAGAGAAGAGACACUAGGUAUACAGUGUCAGACAAAGCCCGAACUUCCUUAGAUAGUCCAAGUUUCCGUGAAGGCAUGUCUGAGAGAGAGACACUAGGUAUAAAGUGCCCGAUGCUACUCGAACUUCAUUGGCUAGUCCAGGUUUCCGCGAAAGCAUCUCUGAGAGAAGAGACACUAGGUAUAAAGUGCCCGAUGCUACUCGGUCUUCAAUGGCUAGUUCAAGUUUUCGUGAAAGGAUGCCUGAGAGAAGAGGACACUAGGUAUACAGGGCCAGACACAACUCGAACUUCAUUGGAUAGUCCCAAGUUUCCGCGAAAGCAUGUCUGAAAGAAGAGACACUAGGUAUAAAGUGCUCGACAGUCCAGGUUUUCGUGAAAGGAUGCCCGAGGAAAAGAGAGACUAGGUAUACAGUGCAAAUACAACCCGAACUUCAUUGGAUAGUCCAAGUUUCCGUGAAAGCAUGCCUGAGAGAAGAGACACUAGGUAUACUAUACGAAACACAGCUAGGACUUCAUUGGCUAGUCCAAGAUUCCGUGAAAGCAUGCCCGAAAGAAGAGACACUAGGUAUACAGUGCCUGAUACGAGAAACGAUAAUGUAUUUGGGAAAUUUCUUCUAAGAGAAGUUCAGAUUCCUUGCAUCGGGUGGAGACAUUGAGAAACAACUAUUCGCCUUUGAGGGAAAGGUCACCAUCUAGAGAUCUACGAGGAACAAGGAAUCAGUCACCUCCAAGGAUUCAUGAAGAUUUGGAAAAAAGGGCACCAGCCAGGACAUAUGAAGGUUCACGAACAGCAUAUGCAAGCAAAGAUAUUCAUGUUAUGACAAAUGGAAAACCUGCAAGUACACAGCUACCUCCUCCUCCAGUGCAAAUGGGCGUAGUACCCAAAAUCUCAUACUUGGGAAAUGAACAUACCUCUGUGGAGAGUUUGCUGAAUUCACUCGGUUUGGAGAAAUAUGCCGUCUUUUUUAAGGCAGAGGAGAUAGAUAUAGCUACUCUGAAGCAGAUGGGAGAUAGGGACCUUAAAGAUCUUGGAAUACCAGUGGGACCGCGGACACAAAUUUUGCUCGCAGUGCUGCCCUGAACCAAGAGAUAGUUGUGAUGGAGCAUCUCAAUUUUGUUAUUGUAGAUGAUGGGGGAUAUAUUUUUUUGUCACAGACAGAGCUAGUUCCUUCUCAUUUCAGACUUUAGAAAGAAAAAAGUACUUGUUGGGUAUAGUUAUAUACUAUUUUGGCUUAAUGUUAAAUUCUAUUUAACCCCUUUUACAUCCUGCACCCAAGCUGCUUCAUUUCUUUGAAAUAACUUUUGCAUAAUUUUCUUAUAGGUUUAAUACCAAAGUAUUUGGUGUUCUAAACUAGAAGGAAAUACAUUUUGUGUAUAUGUUUGUAUACUACUCUUGGAAAAUAUGUUUAUUUUGAUUGCAAA